AUGGCUUCCCCUGUCCAGGAACUGUCCGCCGCCCAGAAGCUGGCCCAGCAACAUGCCGCCGAGGGUCAUCAUGUCACUGUCGAAGACGUCCCCGAUGAUGAUCUGAAGCCCCACGAUGCCUCUGCCGCUGCCGCCGACUCUCCUGCCCUGUCCACAAAGGCAGCUGGGAAGCAGAAGGAGACAGCCCCUGCUGCCAGCACCCUCGACACCCAGUCCCGUGAGCUGUUCCCCGACCUUGGCGGCCCCAAGCCCCAGCCCGCCGCAAAGACUGCUCCCAAGUGGAACGUCCUCUCCGACAAGACGAAUGGCCACAGCCCUGCCAACGGAACCCCCCGAGCUGCUACUCCCUCCUCCGGCGCAGCCACCCCUACUGCAAAGUCCGCCGUCCCCUCGGUCUCCAUCCCUGGCCGCAAGAACAUCGAGACCAUCCGCCUGCGCCCUGAGCACAUGAAGGGCCGAGACCAGCUGAGGCGUCCUCUUCCCGACAUCAUCAAGGACCUCAACAGGACUUCCCGUGCCACCAUCUCCAUCGCAAGCAACACCACCACCAAUGGAGCUGUUUUCGAGGCCACCGGACCCCAGGAGGCUGCUCAGCGGGCUCUCAAGGAGCUCGUCAAGCAGAUUGGCACUCCUCAAUCCAUCUCUGUCCCCAUCCCCCAGUCCGCUCGUGCCCAUGUCAUUGGAAAGCAAGGAUCUACCAUCAAGGCCCUGCAAGAGAAGACGGGAGCGCGUAUCGAGGUCCCCAAAGACGAUAAGAGCGGUGCACCUGUCGACGAACUUGACGAUGAUGUCUAUAUAAAUGUCAAGAUUGAAGGGAACACCAUCUCUGCUGCCCAGGCGAAACAGGAGAUCGAGAAGAUCGUCGGCGAGCGCGCUGCCAAGGUGAACACCAAGGUGAAGGGAAUCCCCGCCGAAUUCUACCCCUUCAUCGCAAGCGCCAGGGAAGAUCUGCUCAGCAACCCCAAUGUUGGUAGCGGAGCCCAGAUCCGCAUCCCGCCCCAUCGCACGUGGUCAUCCCAGGCCACUACCGCCGUACCUGGGCCCGGCCAGCGCCCAGCUUUCCAGCCUGCUGCAGACCACCACAUCCAGCUGGAAGGCGAGCGUGCCGCCGUACUUGCUCUCAAGGCAGAGAUCGAGCGUCGCGCCGCCGAGCUCCGCGAGCAGCUGCUCCUGCAGCAGCUCGAGAUCCAGCGCGGCCGUCAUCAGUUCAUCAUCGGCGAGUCGGCAUUGUCACCCGAGGAAUUCUUCGACCAGACGGGGUGCGCCAUUAUUCUACCCACUGACGAAGAUGAUGAUGCCAUCACCAUCGUUGGCCCGGCGGACCAAAUCGCGGAGGGUCUGGAGAAGGCAGAGCAGUUGGCGAUGAGCAUGCAGAUGAACAACGUCGACCACCUGAAGUGGACCAACAAGCAGGCUCCUGGUCAAGGCGCAGUACACUCCAAGAAUGUCACGCGCUACCUUCGCCAACGCAGCGAGAUUGACCGCCUGGAGAAGCAGUACCGUGCCCACAUCAACACUCCUUUCUCUGGGGAUGGCGCCCUUCCCUGGGAGCUCUACAUCCCUCAGGGCCAAAAGCUGGCUGCGGCUUCAUCUGACAUUCGGAGUCUGUUCGAGAGCCACCCUCCUUCGAGGUUCAGCACCCUGGGCCAAAGUGAGGUUGAUCCAUUCUACUAUCCUUACAUGCAGAACGAGAUCAGACCCCAUGUCCGGGAGAACUACGGUGUCCAGGUGGUCAUCCCCGACCCAUCCGACCCUGGUAGCCCCAUCCUCCUCGUCUACGAGGCUCUGGGUCCGGUCGAGAGCUCCUACGAGAUCCCCCGUUCGACACCAUCUCAAGAUGACGUCCGCAAGUUCCAGCGGGGCCUGAACGAUGCUCGCAAGCACAUCCAGGACCUCCUGAGCCAGCAAGAGGGGAUCGUGGCCGAGACAGUUGAAGUGCCCCUUAAGUUCCACGACAAGCUGAAGAAGUUCAUCGCAAAGGAGCAGGACAAGCGACGCGCCAACCAGCCAAGGAUCCGAGUCAGCCAACUGGGCCUCAAUGUCACACUGCGCGGUCCAGCCUCCGCUGUUCAGAAUCUUGCUGCUAAGGUGCGAGCUUUUGUUGAGCAGGAGAAGGCCGACGAGAAGGAACGCGGUUUCAUUCUGGAGUUUGACUUUCCCCAGAAGUUCGCCAACCAUCUCAUUGGCAAGGGUGGUAGCAACAUCAAGGAGCUUCGUGACAAAUUCGAUGUCGACAUCCAGGUCGAAAACGGUCAAGUCCAGCUCAAGGGACCCAAGGCCAAGGCCGCGGCUGCGCGGUCACACAUUGAGUCUCUCGGCAAGAGCUGGGCAGACGAGACUACGAUGAGACUUCAAGUUGAUCCCAAGUUCCACCGUGAACUGAUCGGUGCCCAGGGCAGCGAGAUCAACAAACUGCAGAACCGAUACAAGGUCCUCAUAUUCUUCCCACGCGGCGAGAAAGCUGGCAAGGAUGACGACGCCAAUGCCGAUGCGGGCGAUGAGGCUGGCAAGAGCCGCCGCCAACAAGCUGCGGACGAAGUCAUCAUUCGGGGCCCAAGCAAAGGCGUGUCACAGGCCUACGACGAGCUCAAGGACUUGGUUAAUUGGCUGAAGACAAACUCUUUCACGGCAACAGUGACUGUCCAACGGAAGCAGCUACCAUCUUUGAUUGGGCAAGCUGGCACCGCCAUGGAGGCAAUUCGCCAGCAGACCGAGACGAAGAUCGAUGUGCCGAACGACCGGGAUUCUACCGAUUCUGUCGUCGAGAUUCAAAUCAAGGGGAAGAAAGACAAUGUCCAGAAGGCCAAGAAGAUCAUUGAGGAGAAGAAAGCCGUCUUUGAUGACACUGUCGUCAAGACCAUCGACGUAGAGAGGAAAUAUCACAGAGCCCUCAUCGGUGCUCAAGGCUCAAACUUGCGAGCCAUGAUUCUCGAAGCUGGCGGUUCCGACGAACCUCGUGAGCGGGCUAGGAUCAUCCAAUUCCCGAAGCAGGAAGCCGACGGCAACACGAUCAAGCUCGAGGGUCGCACUGAGGUGGUCGACAAGCUUAUCAAGCAGGUUGAGGCCUUCGUUGCCCAUCGCGAGAGCCAGGUCACAGCCACAGUCGAUGUACCGACUGAGAAGCACAGGUCGUUGAUUGGCCGUGGUGGUGACGCCAAGAAGCAGAUAGAAUCGCAGUUCAAGGUCUCGAUCGACAUUCCCAGGCAGGGAAGCGGUGAGACGGCCGUCAAGAUCACCGGCCAGGAGCCUGACGUCGAGAAAGCCAAGGAGCACAUUGCCAACUUGACCAAGGAGAAGCCGGCGGAAACCAUCCAGGUUCCCCGUAGCGUUCACCAAGCCAUCUCGAAUGGUGGACAAUUCUUCCGCAAGCUGAGAAACGACUUCCACGUCACAGUUGACCAUGCCGGCCAGACACCCCCGCCCAAACUCACUGCCGCACCUCGCGCCAACGGAGGCGCCCUGCCGCUCAUCACCGACGACGACGUUUCUGCUGACGAAGUCCACUCCUGGAACGUGGUAGAGAGCAUCUCAAGCGAGGAAGGCGACAUCCCUUGGGUGCUCAAGGGCUCUCCGGAGAACAUCGAGAAGGCCAAGAAGGCCAUCACCACAGCCAUGGAGCAGACACAGAGCAACGUUACUGGUUACCUGGUCCUGCCUGACCCGAAGACAUACCGCCACGUAAUUGGCCAGGGUGGCAGCAAGGUGAACUCGAUCCGCAAACAGAGUGGCUGCAAGAUCAAUGUGCCGCGUGACCAGGGCGAAGCCAUCGAGGUCAUUGGCACCAAGGAGGGAGUUGAGAAAGCCAAGGACCUGAUCCUGGCUGCUGUCCGCGACGGUGUCAGUGGUUCCAGGGCGAGGGAGUAG